AUGUAUGCUGACGACACAGGGGGCGAGACCCCUCUUGAAGAUUUGUCCGAUUUCCCUGUCGAGCACUCUGGAGUGUUUUCUCCCCUAAACAAGAUGCAUUUGCCAAUCUCACGUCGCCGCAUGGCCUUACCUGUAGUUCACAUCCGCACAAGACCCAUACUCCCAUACCUGGGGGAGGGGAAAAACCAGCGCCAUGUGUGGUGUCUUGACCACCAGAAAAUUGUGGUGCGUUCCAAUAAAUUGGUACCGAGUCGUUGUCGCACCGCAUCGCCGCUGAAAAGCAACGGUGCUCCCAGGAGUGCGCCAACGUCUCCGUUCGUAUCGUCACCGCCGCGUCAACAUUCUCCCUCCUCUGGGUGGUUGAGUGAGUCGCUGCCACCCAAGAUGCUAUUCGCCAGGAAAACGCCACGGAAACAUCACAGUGAGAGCUCGCGUUCUCGCGGCACGACGGCUUCCGCCACAAAGAUUGGAAAUAAAACUUUUGCGUCAGCCACGCCGGAGGUCACACCACUCAAUAAUUCCGGGGUCAUUAGGCGAGAGGAACACUUUAACUUUGACUUUGUUCACGGGGAGGACGCGACUCAGGAGGAACUCUUUGAGGAGAGCGUGCUGGAUUUUGUUGAUAUGGCACUUUUGGCGCAAAGCGUUGCCAUUGUUUGUUACGGCCCCACAGGGAGUGGCAAGACAUACAGCAUGAUGGGCUCCACACGCGGCCAAGCGCUGAAGAAGAUAGGCAGGGUUGUGCCGGCAGUGGAUAGUUUACUCUUGUUGGAGAAUCGACCGAUUUUUGAUAGUAAAAACAGGGGCAAAGUCGUCUCUCUCGCGGAGCGGUUAUCGAACAGCCAAAGAAGUAAUCUUACAUCAACGGGUACUGCUUUGUCGGACACAGCCGCGCUGGUGUCCACGACAGCGACAACAGCAAUACCGGUGAGGGAAACUUCCACACCGGCGGCCAAAAUAGAGGAAGAGCAACAGCAGCCGCACCGCCAACAGCAGCAGCAGAGAAAUUUUAUCAGCCCAAGACGCGGGGCAGAUGCUAACGACAUGGAGGGAAGUUCAUUGUCUUCGGGUCUGUCCCAGUUUGAUUUGGGUUUUUCAACUUACAUGGAUGCCUUUGGAGGUACCAGGAACGAGAUGAGUUUGACUGGUAUUAGUAGUGGUCUGACGGAAUCGAUGACCGUGCCAGAUGAAGGGAAUGAAACAAUGGGGUUGUUGCCACGCAUCGUACUCAUUUUGCUGGAACGCCGCGGGGAACGAGUGGUGCUUGGCCAGAAUGAACCGUCAGUCAAGGCAACACCCGGUAACCGGUCUGGUAACGGAAAGGACAAAAGUCAAGAAACGCAGAAGCAGCGCCAUAGUGUCUCCUUGACGCUGAAAGAGCUUACACUUUACGGGGUUGAGUUGUACAUGGAUGAGUUCUAUGAUUUGUUGGAUCCCGCUAAACGGGCGAUCCCAAAUAUCAGUGACAUUGGCGGUCUUGAUGCGUUCUGCCAGAGGUUGAACAUCCCUAAUUCCUUAGCAGUGAGUAACAGUUGUGGUGGGAAACGGGCGAGUGGAGGUGGCACUGGCAGCACUUCUUUUCGUGGCGGUGGUGUGCGGGUGUCGUCUGUGGAGGACUUCCGUCGCUGCUACAAGUUGGCGACACGAAAUCGGGUGAUGAAGGGGCAUCAGCGCAACGACACGAGCUCCCGUUCCCAUGCCGUAUUUAUUCUGCAACUGCAGUUUGACCUGGCGGACUCACAGAACGCGGGCAGUAACGCGGUGACGCAGAGCAUCUACUCAUACGUGGCGAUGGUAGACCUCGCAGGGUCCGAGCGUGGAAGGAAACAAAG